UUUAACAUUUUUGUUUCGUUAUAGCUCGAACCGACAUGGAACAUGGAGCAGCAAUUCGUAGUGCAGCAAUAUCAAUCUGCAUUAAUAGCGGACAGUGUUGAAUCUUCUCUUCCGAUGACUCGGGUGGUUUCCAAUAAAUCGCAAAUUGCAGGAGUAGCAGAUACUAUUACCUAUAACAAAGGAGGCAGUAUUAUCCGUAUGAUGAGCCUCAUAUUCGGAACCGAAAUUUUUGAUAACGCAUUACGUAGCUACAUACAAGACAACAUGGAGCAAGGAUUGGGCCAGCCGGAUGCUUUAUGGGAAGCAGUAAAGGCUCAAGUAAAUAACACAAGAGUACAUCCAAGCUUAAACAUUGACGUAAAAACAGUAAUGGAUUCUUGGACUACACAAGCCGGAUAUCCCGUUUUAACAGUCGACGUUAAUGACAAUGGUAUACUGAAAAUUACUCAAAAACGCUUUCUUCUGAGAAAUAUAGAUAACAUUGCUACGGAUACCGUUUGGUAUGUCCCGCUCACGUUUACCACAAAAAGCAAACUAGAUUUCACUAAUCUGAUUCCAAAAUAUUGGAUGUCUACCGAACAAAGCACCGCUUUUUACAAAAUUGACCCGAAUAAAUGGAUUAUAUUUAAUCUUCAAUCAUCAGGCUUUUAUCGUGUAAAUUACAACAAUCGCGGAUGG